AUGUUGCUGCAGGAUCACAGAGCUGCUGCUGCAAGAAAGAUAUAUCCAUUGGAUAUGGCACUGAAUUCAGUUGAUGACCAAUUUAAGGGCUGUAGAAAGAAGAUGUCAAAUCAUGUGAGGACUAACUAUCUGAAGAAGGAACUCAAUAACUCAAUUGAUUUUAGAAAUGCUUGGAAACAUGCUGAAAAGAAUGUUACCCUUAUGACAUACAAAUGGUAUUCACUUUACUUUCUGUUAACAGAUGCGAUACAGAUUCUGAAGAAACAACAAAAUAAAUGCUAUUUAACUUAUCGUGGUACAAAUGUUACAUUUAAUGAUCAUGAUUUUACAGGCGUUCGUUUUGGCUCAUUUACAUCCUCCUCUGUUAAUGAUAGCAGGGCACACAGUUUUGGAAAUGUAUCUUGUUUUGAAAUCCAGACUUGUGAAGCUGCUCUAGGACAGGAUCACAGAUUAGCUGCUGCUGUUGAAAAGAUAUUUCCAUUAGAUAUACCAAAUUCUGCUGAUGACCAAUAUGAGGGAUGUACAAAUGAAAUGGCAGCCAAGGUGGAGAAAUACUAUAGAGAAGGAAAGAUCUGGAUCAGCUGA